AUGUGCUUCAAAGUUGACAACUCUCCAUUACUGAUUGAUGAGGUUGUAGCUCUGUUUGAGCUGCCCUUGUUCAUCAAUGAUGAGACUGAGCAAACCCACAGUCCAUUCAGAUUCUAUGCUCAAAUGCCCAAUGCAGCAAGAAAUUUAGGGGGCCACACCUUAUCAAAACAUGAUGUCUAUGAGGAUGGUUGA